CAAUUUUCAGUGAACGCCCAAGUGCGACGCUUGGAAGAGUCGCUCUCAGACGUGAACUCGACUCUUUUGUCUAAGGAAACCGAUCUGGAAGAUACCGUAAGACAACUGAAAUCCGCUCAGGACCAAUUUUUGAAUUUGCAAUCAGGAUACAAUAAAUUAUUGGCCGAAAAUGAUGCGUUGAAGCGCAAAAUCGACAUUUUAAAUAAUACGACCACAUCAAACGACAGUGAAAUAGAGCGCUUGAAAAAGAAACUGUCGCAAGUAGCAGCUCUAAAUAAGGAGCAUGAAAUGCAGCUGGAGAAACUCAGAACUGAGCAUGAUGAAAUGGAAAGAACAUGUCGUGAAAGAGCAAAGAGCAUUGAACAAUUGGAAAAUACAAACGAAAGUUUAGAAGGAAAACUGGAGAGGAUUACACAGGAAUUGCAGAUUCUUAAGGAUAAG